CUCGUUCCGGUCACUUCGAUAUCUUAUGUACGGUCUGUCAUUGGAAGUCUGAAUUCACUCGUAUAAAUACCUUAAACUCGCGUUCUUUCAAAAAGAACUUGACGUACGUGAAUGUCCUAAAUAAUUCAACUGAUAAACCAUUUUAAAUUUAUGCUUUAACCGAUCGAUGCUCAAGGAUUACGCUCCAGAAAGAUUGGUGACAGUAGCAGUCAGUGAAAGUAACCGGAUUGGAUUAAUUUAAGACAGAUGAAGUUCAUUGAUGAAAAGUUAACGCGGCCCAUUUGGAUUGGAAAGUCCAAAGGACAAGAUCUUGAAAGAAAGUGACAAUGAUCAGAACGAGAUCAUUAAAUACCUUGAUAUCCCAGGAAGAAAGAGAUUGUUGACUCGAGGUUUAUUACUGUUAAUUGUAGUUGAUGUUUAAACGGUUUUGGAUCCGUGAAGGAUACAUGAACAGUGGAACCUGCAGUGCAAAUGUGAAGAAAAGUGAAAGGGAUAGUGGAAUAAAUAAGUAGAGAAUGUUAGCAUUCCGAGGUAGAAUGCAGGAAGGAGUACUGUUACGGUAACAGUUGUGAUUAUAAUUUAUAAGCAAGGACUCAACAGUAUAUUAGAAAGGAAGAGUUUCAAUGAGAAUUUUACGUGAAGAACAAAUAGUCCAUAAAAGUAUUGUAUUUGAACAACAACAAAUAGAAAUCGCCUGAAAUUAUAGGGUUGUCAGCUGUCAAAUGUGGUGUGCUGCUAUGGUUUGUAACAGCUGAGCUAACAUAUACAUGGACACUAUAAUUAUAUAACUAACGCUGAUUUCUUCGAAAUGACAAGACAGUGAUACAUUGAAGUUUCAUAGAAAAAACGCAAUCAUGACUAUGAUAAGCCUGGAAAUGCUGGGCCGCGAGGCUAUACCCCUGGAAGGAAUGUAUCGGCGCGCCCGUCAAGAUGUCUUGACACCGCCGCACGACAGUUUGGAGUCACAAAACGUCCGAAGGAAUAGCAGUAACCCCGGAAAUCCAGCCAACAUUUCCAGUUUCGACGACGCUGCGCACAACGAAAUGCAUCCUCUCGAUCAAAGGGCCGUCGAUCUCGGUUUACCGGCUCAUAUACCUGAGAUCCUCUAUUCUUCAAUACCGAAGUGCGGUGGUUGUCAAGAAGCAAUCUUGGACAAAUACGUUCUAAGGGUUCUCGAGAGGUGUUGGCAUGCGAGGUGCCUCACGUGUCGAGAUUGCGGCGCCAGGUUGACCGACAAGUGUUUCGCGAGGAACGGCCAUGUCUUCUGUAAAGAUGAUUUCUUCAAGUGUGGCAGGCGUUUCGGGACGAAAUGCGCGGGCUGCGGCCAAGGAUUGGCACCGUCGCAAGUUGUACGAAGGGCACAAGAGUCGGUCUACCACCUGACAUGCUUCUCGUGCGCCCUUUGUUCCCGGCAACUGGACACAGGCGACGAAUAUUACCUUAUGGAGGACAGGAAGCUCGUUUGCAAGCCUGAUUACGAACAAGCGAAGGCGAAAGAACUGGCCGAUGGUGGCAGUAUAGACGGCGACCAACCGAACAAGAGGCCGAGAACAACGAUCACCGCGAAACAACUGGAGACCCUCAAAUUAGCGUACAAUACCAGUCCGAAACCAGCGAGACAUGUUCGAGAACAACUCUCUCAGGAUACUGGGCUCGACAUGCGUGUGGUUCAAGUCUGGUUCCAAAACAGGAGAGCAAAGGAGAAGAGACUGAAGAAGGAUGCGGGCAGAACGAGAUGGUCCCAAUACUUCCGGAAUAUGAAGGGAACGGGAGCUGGUGGACACUCACCGAGGCACGAUAAGCUCCUUGAUAAAGACGAACUAAAAGUCGAUCUUGAUUCCACGUUUGGACAUCACGAUUUGAGUAACGAUAGUUACGGUACGGUGGUGAACAUGGGAUUAGAUGGUGAAGGCGCAAGUCCAGGUGGGGGUGGAAAUGGAGCAGGCGGAGGUCCUCCGCGCGGAUAUUUAGGUGCAACGACUCCUCCUUAUCUCUCAUCGUCCAGAUCACCGUCCUUACCACCUCAGUUUCCAUAUCCACCGGACGCUGGUCUCUCUGUCUACACUACACUUGGUGGCGCGGGCAGCAUGGUACCGGGACCGGCGUCCGAUUUGAGCAACGAAUCAAGCGGAGGCGGCGGAGGCGGCGGCGGAGGUGGCGGAGGUGGUUACCCAGACUUUCCGCCUUCGCCCGAUUCAUGGCUCGGUGAACCACCACCCCCGCACGCUCACCACCAUUCCCACUACGGCACAUAACCCGGCAGACGUACGCGUCGCCAAAUACCGUUCGGAAGAACGGAUCGGCACAAAGCGUUCACCUGACAUCCCCUUCGACGAGGCAGGACUCAGUUGAGAGAUUACCGAGAGCCCUCCAUCACACAAGCUACGUCCUCCUUCGUCGAAUCUACGACGUUAAAUCCUCGGGCCCCGAGAGGAUCUCGGUUGUUCUCGUUGAACUACCAGCAGAUCUUCGGGCGGAAGUCAAUCGAGGACGUCGAUCGAAGACCGGCUCGAGCCAGGGAGUGAUUUUACACCGUACUCUGCACCGUCCCGGCCGGUUUCCCGUCAUCGGAACGAUGCCAUACGUCGAUGUCACGCGACGUUGAACUACUCGUCCACCAGAGGGACAACACGAUUUUUUAACCGAUACAGACAGUUUGUUUUUUGAAAAGUUGCCAUACGUUCGUCGAUAUUCUUUUUUAUCGCUGGCAAGAACGGAAGCAAAGUAUUAGGAAUCACGAUUUCUAUGGAAGGAAACGGAUCAGUGACCAAUGAAAGUUAUUCGAGUGAUAACUUUAAAGGAGUUUAUUUCAUGUAGAUCAAUUAUUUGCGAAUGCAAUAAGUAACGAUUGACAAGUUAAAUGCUCGUCGCUGUUCUUUUGGUGGGCUCGUAGAUUCGCGUUUCUGCCGCGCGCACGACACGCAUUCGAUAGUACGAUUAAUCUAAAUAUAUUUAUGUACAAGUUCCUCGUUUCCCGGUACUAUGGAGUUUAAUCGUCGAUUAAAGAAACCUAGAGGGUAGUUUAGGCGUGCCGCCAGCCGGAUGUUCGUCGCAACCGACGCGUCCGAACGAAUUGGAAGAACAGUCAACGAUCAUCAGCUUUUCGUACGGAUACCGUUGAUCCCGGUCGCUCCCAUCGAAAUGUUUCGAUGAAACAGUGUGGAAUCGAGGGCCAACUUUUAAGUUUCUCAAAUGAAUUCCGCCGAUCGGAUGUGAGAAUUGCGGCCGUGCUUCAGACGAGAUCGUUGCCACCGUAAACGUCAACAGGACACGUGUUUGUGGUUUACUGCGCUUAUGUGACUCUACAAGUUUCAGGUGUCAUUUAUUGUAAAUAGUUCAGAUUAGAUUCUAUUGUACCCUAAAUAAGAGAAGACAUGGAUGUGGAUCAAGACAGAUGGAGGAUCGGCGUACAGUGAUCUUCGCACAAGCGACGCCGUCCGCAAACGAAACUCAGCGUAGAAAUGCGAGAACCCUGAAGCACUAAUCGUUUUUUCUAUCUAACCUUCGGAAUAUUCAGUGAACGAAAUUUUUGGUAAUUAUACGAAUAAGCGCAUAGCUAGAUUUCGAUGAUUUCUAGAUAUGUUGGGAACGUCAUUUGAAGUAACUUUUUCCUAUAUAUAUAACACCUGCUCGGCCUUAAUUCAUCGAACAUUCGAAUUUCGCUUAUAUGUACAGUGAAGUUUGAAUAACUGCAACAUCAUAAACCUCUUUAUAAUUUCAGUGUCAUCAUCCCUCCAUGGUUUCAUUUUAAUUAAAAAAACAUAACAAACACGAUGGGUAAUUUUAUUCACCAGAAAUAAAAAAUAAGAAAGUUUAAUUUUUGAGUGAAAAAUGUCAAGUCCAUCGCGAACCUUUAAUGUUGCGGAACGCUUCGAUUCCUAGUUUUUCUUUUCCCUUCAAAAGCGUUGUCCACCAUGCUAAACCUUUUCAAUUCUUGGAAUCUUGGAAUCAAUUAUCCAAUGUUCACUGUACACGUCUUUGAGAGGGUAUGGCAUCACCAUGUAGUGACUAGUCACCUGCUCUUUCCAUAAACACAUCGCGACGACCCAUAAGUAUAACGACUAAACUGAUAAAUAAAAGCUACGACGGUAACACCAAUUUUUAUCAAACUGAUUUAUCGUAUAAAACUUAUAAAACUUCCACGCUUAUAUUUUAUAAUGGUUAAAAACAGCCAAAUUCAGAAUGAAAGGAUUUUUGGCAAUUAUCAAGUAAAAGCGUAGACCCCCCGUCCUCAUAUUAAUCGCCAUUAUUUUUGUCAGAGUAGAAAGUUAUACAAAACAUAAAUUUUUAAAAAACACCUGAAUUUCAUGAAAAUUGGAGUUAUCACCUUAUAGUUCUUUGCGAAUAUCUCCAAAAUAAGACCAAGCAAGAGUUACAUGUGUAGGAAAAGGUUAUUCACAAUAUAUAUGAAAAUCAUGAAAAUCGGUGAGGUGCACGCGCAUCCAGGUAAUUACCAUUUUUUGUUAUAUCCUUUGUUAAUAAAUUUCUUCAAUAGUGUACAGAAGAACGAUAUUGGAUUGGAUUAUAAUAUAAAUUACCUUUUACGAUAGUGAAUAUUCGAUGUUAUACUAUGUUGAAAUUUAGUGCUACAGAGUUGGCCAGCUUCGUGAAUCGAUUCCGGAAUUCCCCUAUUUUCACCAUGAAUCGCUGAUUCAACUUUGGGAUACGGAGGAAUGAAGAAAAAAUUCUUUCGCGUCGAUCGGAUGCCGAUGCAUUAUACGGUGCUUUCAUCUUAAAUGGAUUAGAGGAUCGAAAGUCGAGAUGCGAUCUGCAAUUGUAAUCGAAUGACAGUCGGGCGCGUAACUCGUUGGAACGGUGUCGUGUUUCAUUACGGAAUAAUUGUUUCCGAUCGAUAGGCUGCUUCGAACGCUCGGUAAAUGCAACGGCGCAUGUGCGUGACAGUUAGAAUUCGAACGUACAAUCAAUGACAAAUGAUUAUUUGAAAUUGUGCACAACUACAUUUUAGCAACCCACCACUGCUCAUCCAAAGAUAAAUUCCCCUCUCGAGAUUUAUUAGGCCGUUGCUCGGUUUUGCUAACACAAUCGGAUACGUUGAAUAAACGAAUAAAAUGAAAGCUGUUGAUUGAUGUAAAUUCUAAUUUCUAUUAGUCAGUGAUUAACGUUGGUGAAGCUGAGCAUCGGGUAAUAUCAUGUUAGAUGCGGUUUGCAUCGUUUUUUUAUCAAUUCGUAACACUGAAAAGCAUUUGUUGAUUGGAACAGAUCGGUCGAUCGAUCUGACCUGAGCGAGUGUUCGAUUGCACAGUUAAAACUUUACGGAAAGUGGCAUGAAUUCCGUAGACAUCUAUGAAGCUAUGUACAAAAUGUAACAUUUAUAUUCAUUUAUAUUUCCCUCGAUUAUUAUUCUGAACAAUUCAGUUCUGUUUGAUUGAACAAAGGUUCAACAAAGAAAGAUUACAUUUCUGUCCGUAAAGUAUUAACAAAUUUGUGUGAUUAAUGUCAUAACGAUGUCAAUUGUACCCUCGUCUCGACGAAUAUAUGCGCGUCCUGUAUAAUUUAUGUAUGUAUAUAAGCGCGAAACACACAGUACUCAUAAAAACACGGUUAGAUUUACAUUGAAUCGAUAAUCAAAAGCGGCGGUAUCGAUCGAUCGAUCGAUUGCGAUCUCCGACCGACGGCUAACUUCAUGUAUUUACCUGUAAUAAUAUGAGGCUCGCUUCGAACGGUUGUAAAAAAAAGUGCCCAAUUAAUUCUUGCCGCUUUAUGGUGUGAACGGUGUAUAGCUUAAUGACAGGAAUCAUUUGAACACUAUACACGUCACAGAGUUAUUAAACAUUACCGAACUAUUUUUAAAGACAAAAAAAUUGUAUUGCCUCGUAUUAUUCGAAAGAUUAUCCCAAAUAUAUUACGCGACAGAAACAAGGAUCGAGGUUAAUGAAAGAAUAUCACUGUAGAAUUGUAUAUACGUCGUCCCCAAUUCGUUUUACCCGCGAGAAUUUGAUUACUUGAAAAAGACAAACGAUGAGAAUAGGUAUUAUUUCGUCGGGUAGGAGAAUUGUAUGUUGUACAGUUACAUGCUCCUCGCAUCAGGUUUCACAAACAGGAAAAACGUAAGAAAGGAAAAAGAUUCGCGUGACUGGCGCAGUUCAUAACUUCAUCGACAUGAGUUACU